UUAUUGAUCGGAGCCACGGGCCGUCAUAAUCAGCUGAUUGUAGUUGGUAAUUGGUAAUUUUUCUAAUUAAACAUGUUAAAAACUAAUAAAAUGUCAACUAAAUAAGCAAAUUUAAAUAAAGAAUGAAUCUACAUCAGAUAGUCAGCGGCGCCUGCAAUGCCGGCGAUAAAUGCUUUGCAGUUGGAAGUGUCGAAGGAGUUGCCUUCACUGCGUACGCGGCUGGAUGUAACAUAGUCAUAUUAGCAUCGACAUUCGAACGCGUUCAAAUAAUUCCCGGCGCAGUCCACGACUACAUACGCAUCAGUUCAAUAGACUGUUCGAGUGACACAGGGAAAAUUGCGGCUGCAUACGAUACAAUUGUUUGCAUCUACGAACCGACGCCACUUCUUCACAAUAAUUCCCCUCACGGUCUCGACUAUCGGUGGGUCGAAACUGGGACACUAAAAACGGAAACACCAGUAAAAGCACUCAGUUGGAAUUUGGAAGGCACUCGCUUAUUAACCGCCGGGGAUGUUGUACAAUUAUGGCAUUUAAAGUCGCAACCAAGUGAGGAAGAUAUUCCCGUUACAUUUACUUUAGGCGGUGGAGAGUCUUUAACCGAUGGAAAUGAGAGUGAUGAAAAAGACAAACAAGAUCCAGACCAGACUUGUUGGCAAAAUGUUUGGAGGGCGAACACAGCAACACCUGUACAACAUUUGGCUUUCAGCCCUGAUGGUACUCUCUUCGCGACUUCCGGCGAAAAUGACCGUUUGGUUAAAAUUUGGUACGAAAAUAAACAUUUUUUGUUCACAUCACGAAGUACGGAGUGUCCCACGGAACUUGAGUAUAGCUUUGUCUAUAUCGCACAUCCAAGAGCUGUUACGCACUUGUCCUGGAGGACAACCAGUAAAUAUAUGCCAAAAGGUUCUGUGUCUAACAUGUUGGUGACCUCGUGCAAGGAUAACAUAUGCCGACUUUGGGUGGAAACCGUAUUACCCGAAGAUGGUUUAGUUAACCUGUCACAGCUGGAUCCCCAAGCUCAUCAUCCGAAAUUCAGAACUCAUCGACACAAGCAUCGAUUUAUGCAACGUUUAAAACACAUGAAGACGUGCUUCCAUAUACGUCGCCAUGCGAAACAGUACACCCACGGUUUCGGGAAUGCGUCAACUCCAAUUCCGACUUUACCUUCCACUUACAGUGUGCACGAUUUUCACUCAUAUGGUUAUCGGGGUACAGGUGUAACACCCGGUCUACAUUUCCAUUUGGCUGCAUCGGUGAAUGCUGAGACUGAUAUACCAUUAGUGCCAAGCAUAUCGUAUUGUAGUCCUAGUCCGGCAUUUGUGCUGCAUUGGUUAAAUAAUAAAGAAAUGCAUUUUAGUCUUCAAGCUGAGUCGCUAUUGGAGGAACUUACAAGGAAAGUAGUGGAACAUCCUGACACUGAAGAAAAUCAAGAAGAGCCCCUGAUGGAAACUGGAGGAGCAGACGGAUUGGAUGCUCGUAUAGAGGCACUUCUACGUGAUUGGCAUCACAAUCCCGAUCUGUUGUUCAGUAUACAUCCCGUUGAUGGAAGUUUUCUGAUAUGGGUUGUUGAAUGGCUCGAUGAAUACCACCCCGGCUCAUUUCGUCAGGCGCAAGUGUCAUUUUCAACAAGAAUACCUUCUGCUUUUCCUCUUGGAGAUUCUUUAAGCAUGUCUACUACUGUUAGUCUGUAUAGUAUGUCAACGUGUUUAAAGCAUCUUGUUAAGGAAGUUGUGAAGGAUAAAGAGGUUAAGGAGCCCACAAAUGGUGGACUACCCUGUGUUCGUGAAGAGGACGAAUAUGUAGAAACUAGUGAGAUUCUAACAUGCGCUGAAGAUCCAAAAGAUGCAUACCCAAUCAUAUUUUGUGUGACAAAACACGACAACGGCACGUUAAAUUUGUGGCAACUCACAUUUGCCGAUAAAAGCAAAUUUAGCCAAGUGCUUAGUAUUGGGCAUAGAAGUCGGGCAUCAGGUCAUAGGUACCGUGUUAACGACAUUACGUGCCAUCCUGUACUGCCUUUAUUGUUAACGACUAGCCAUCACAAUAUCGUUGAUAAGGAUCAAAAUAGCACUGGAUAUUGCAGCGAGCUUAUUUUAUGGAGAGUUGAUGCCGUUGGUCCUUUAUCAAAAUCGGGCGGUAUAUGCGAGUUGGCACGGAUAAGUUCGUCUGAACCAUCUGCGUUUAGUGUAGUUGCGUGGAUUCCGACCUUGCUACCGUCUAGCACAUUGGGAAACUUGUCCAAUUCGCCUAGUGCCUGCUUUGUAGCUUCCGACGGGCACUACCUGAGAGUCUAUCAGGCGGUUAUAGAUGCGCGUACUUUACUAGCCGAUAUUUCUUCUAAAGAGAAUCGAUUGAGAGAUUCGACCGAAAGUCUAACCUCGGAUUUAUCGUCGCUGAACGAACCGAGUCUUCUAGAGAAAAUUAACAUUGUUUCGCAGCAAAGCACAGCUAGACCGGGUUGUAUAAUUCAACUGGAAACUAUUUCAGAGGCGAUUAAGUGGCAGAACACAACGUUUUUGCAUGUGUAUCAAGAACAGCUAAUAAAAGGCCAGCAUACCUCCCCAAUAAAUUUAAACCAAAAUGACGCAAUGGUCGAUUUGCAACAAAAUUUUGUUUUCGAGCAACCAUUUUACAUUGUCCUUUUGGAUUGCACCGAUCAACAUACAAUAAUACAUAUGUGGAAAAUGAUAAUAGCGUCUAACGAAUCGGAAUUUUCUUUAACUGGUAGCCAGAUGUACGUUCCGGAUUGCAAUUUGGUGCAAGACGAAAACGACCUUUCCAGACGCAACAGUUUAGAGUCGCUACAUUUAAAACAGGCGAAAAUAAGUCCUCACGUCAGUAUUACAACGAGUAAGGAAAUAAAACAAAUUUUGCCCCUUCCUGAUGGGGUCGAAAUCGUGCACGCCGCACCUGCCGCCGGCCAUUUGAGUUCCGCGUCAAUUUAUCCCGCCUGCCUCGCCCCGUAUUGUUUCGCGACGGCGUGCAAUGACGGAACUAUUCGCUUUUGGACCGUUUGUUACGAUUCACCGAUUGUACGGUCGUCCCAGCAUUUAUUACUCGACGAGGACGGUGAAGUAAUCGAUACGGGGAAAGUGUGGACUGAAUGGAAGAUGGUUAAGGAAUCUGCCAUCGAAAUUGAUGGUCAGUUAUUGAAUAUUAGUGUUGCGUAUUCAGGACGAUUAGCUUGCGCAUAUAAAUAUGGUAAAAGUUUUACGCGGCCCAACAAGAGCGAUCACGAUUCUAGAUACAUCAAUUUGUGUGUUGCAAUUUACGAAUGUGAAUCCACGGGUGGUACCGAAUGGGUAUUGGAAGAUGUAAUUCACCUAAAAAACAUUCACCUGCCAAGAAUUACGAUUGACAGACAUUUAGAUUUGAGCUACCUUUACGACUCAAAAACGUUGCGCAGAAAGCAACGGAUAAACGAAGUUCUUCACACGUUUUCCAAUGACGAAAGGCAACUCGCAAAUGGAGAGAAUAACAUUAAGCCCACACUUCUCGCCGUACCCAGCUUUAGUACUUUACAGACUUUGCGCAAAUCGAUUUCGGAAAUUGGCAAUAUAUGCCCAAUAACACAGAAGCAUAUUGUGCAACUCGACUGGGUUUCGAACGAGGAUGGCUCACAUAUUUUGACGGUCGCUUGUGGAAACAAAAUCAUGCUUUACACUCCGCUGUCUUCGGAUUUAGCCCAAGCAAAUGUUAAAGCCAUGAAGGAAUCUAUGAAUACUAACAGGCCGAUUUUGCGCAAAGCCAGUUCUUUGGCGCAGCCAUUAUUUGUUGACGAUUUCAAAUGGAUGACUUUGCGAAAGAUUGAAUUACAAACAGCCGACGGAUUACCGGCUCUUCCCAUGCAGAUAAGUUGGGUGCGCGAUGGGUUACUGAUAGUCGGGAUGGACUCCGAGAUGCACGUCUACACUCAAUGGCGACCCAAUUCUGUCCCAGUUCGCGCGGUGGACACCAUGGAAAAUGACGGGAAAACUCUCCGAGAUCUCGACAUACGUACUUUAACUCAGGAGAAUCAGCGCAAACUGGCCGCCAUUCCGACAUUAGGUAGAAUAAGCUCUGUUAAUUUGCAAAUUUUAGACAGAAAGCGUACGACAAAAGACUCCAAUCCCGAUUACAUGCCCGAUUACGGUCUAUUCGAGGCGUCCAGAAUCGCAUGCCCGGUCUUACCCCAAUACCAUCCGAAGCAGUUAAUGGAAUUACUAAACUCGGGCAAAAUACGGUGGGUGAAAGCGAUUUUAACUCACUUGGUCAAAUGUAUCGGAGGUAAUCAAGAUAAUUCGGAAGAGAUGCAGGGGUGGGCCAGAGCCCGUACUCUUUCUGUUAGCUAUCCGGCUGGUAGUCCCGAACAUCGCACCAGUAUAAGUGAAAUCACUUUGGAUUAUGCCGAAAUUACAAACAUUCCACCGUUACCGUUAUGGACUUUACUUGCUGCAGACAAAGAAUGUGCAGCAAUUAAGGAAGAGAAGAAAGACUACAAUGAACUGUUUGAUAACAACACAAUUAUGGAAGAGUCAUUAGAUACAUUACUUGAGGAUCAAGAUAUUCCACGACAUGACAGGAGGCCGAGUGAACGAGCGACCGGUUUUGCGCACUUCACACCGCGACAAGGGCGCAUGUUAUCUCGCAUGCUCACUCACACUCACUUACCCGGAUUGUCCAGUUUAGAUCAAAUGCAUUUGUUGGCACUGGCCGAUACAGUCGCCACCUGCAAUACCGAUCUAGCGGAACGGUUCGCCAUUGACGCCGCAAAAUCGGCGAUGGCAAAAGAGAACGUUAUUGGUCAGUCGGAUGAGGUAAUCGUCGACUCUUUGGAUGAUUGCGGACUCCGUUUCCUCUUAGCUAUGAAACAUUACGGCUAUCUACUGCGCUGUCUUCCACUGGCACAACGCGCCCAAUUUCAAAAACAAGGGGUGGGAACCACAAAUUUGGCCUGGGCUUAUCAUUCGGAAACCCAAGAGGAGUUAUUAAAUUUGAUCCCGAGUUACGCUAAGGGCGAGCCGACCUGGUUUCAUCUACGGGAGCUGGGCGUGGGAUGGUGGAUUCGGGGUCUGCAUCUUCUUCGUCAGUGUGUACAAGUGCUGGCCAAAGCGUCGUACAAGGUUAAGCAGGAUCCGCUAGAUGCCGCUUUGUACUACAUCGCCAUGAACAAAAAAAGUUUACUGUGGGGGUUAUACCGAUCGAAAAGUGAUCAAAAGAUGACCCAAUUUUUUUCCAACGAUUUUACAAUCGACCGAUGGAGGAAGGCGGCCUUGAAAAACGCGUAUGCGUUAUUGGGCAAACAAAGGUUUGAUCAUGCCGCUGCCUUCUUUUUGCUAGCGGGAAAUUUAAAUGAUGCCAUUGAAGUGUUGUUGAAUAAGUUACACGAUCUUCAAUUAGCAAUUAUUAUAGUACGGUUGUAUGAAGGUGACGGUCCAAGUUUAAAGCGUUUACUUUUUGAACAAAUUUUAGGCUGUGAUGCGGAUGGUGAGAAUCAAGAUAUUUCGCAAGCGCACCCGGAUCCUUUCCUGCGUUCGAUGGCGUUAUGGACACUGAAAGAGCAUCAGCCGGCAUUAAGCACACUUUUAGUUGGUAACGCUGGUUCACAGCAUGCCGCUCACGAGGACGACUCGCGCGAGACCACCCAAGCGGAUCCUAACGUGUUUAAUUUUUAUGUCUACCUGAGAACUCAUCCCUUACUCGUUCGUCAGCACAUUGCUAGCUCCGGGCAACGCAAAUUUUGGAUGUCUGGGAGAAAACAAGUGAUGAUUGAGGAUACUAUUACUCCUCUAGAGCGUCAGUUGUAUUUUACCACCGCGCAUGGACAUUUCCGAGCUGGAUGUCCAGCAUUAGCUCUGGAGGUUUUGUCAAAGUUACCAUUUGCCGUUACGGACCGUACCAAAAAUAUGUCACCCGUUGCUACUCCAAAGGGUCCAAAAUCUGAGUCUCAAAUAAAUACGGGAAUUAUUCAGCCGCAAUUGAGUGAAAAUACAGCGGAUUUCGAUUGGGGCGCUGUUUCCGAUUAUAAAGUGAAAACCGACGACUUCGAACUCAAGUGGUCUGAUGAUGAGAAAGAGGAUGAGGAUUCAGACGACGGGCUAAAAAUGAAAAUUAACGAAGAACCUCCCGAGCCGGCCACAGAAGGUGACGGAAUCGAGUCAGCAGAUCAAAUUGAUAUAAUGGCUCAGCAGUUGAAAUUCGUGGCAUGCUUGAAAAUAUUAAUGGAGGAAUUGUCGACGUUAGCAACUGGAUUUGAGGUUGAUGAGUUUAAGUGUUUUAAUAAAAGGCGUAAACCGUACCCAUUCAACAGUGGGCAGUUACGUUACCAGCUUUACAUUUGGUUAGAAAAGGAGGUUGAAGCUUUACGUCAACUUUGCAAUUACACCGCUUCUGAUCAUAGUGAGGAAUCCGAUUUAGAAUUGACCGCAGAUAGUGAAUUAGGAGAUAGUAACAUUGCGAGGCCAACUUUGCAUGAGAUUCUUAUACAAGAAAAACUGGAUUUCGAAGCUAAAGUUUUACGCGCCGCCAACAGAAAGCGCUGGCUUAGAGUUAAUGAGACUCUACUCCGUACGUUCCUCAGUUACUGUUCUCUACAUGGUGCCGCGGGUGGACUGGCGUCAGUACGCAUGGAGCUCGUUCUACUAUUACAAGAGUUGCAGCAAGAAAAAACUCAACAGCAGCUUUUAAGCCCCCUACCGUUCCCCACCAGUCUUCCCUUACUUGCUGCUAGUGUUGCUAGUAGCAAAACUGUCAUUGCAGAUCCCGUCCGCUACUUACAAAGUCUUACGCAUGACAUGCUACACACUAUUGUCGACUUGACUCAACCGAGCACCUCGCAGAAUCAACUGUUGGUAUUGCGCGAUCUUGCUGUCGCACUUUCGGCAUGCAUUUAUCAAUCUUUGUGUGAUUCUGAUACGUUCAAAAGCACUCUACAGGAUAACCAGGAUCAGUGUGUGACACAUUUGGUGGGGAGAAGAAGGCGAGGUUCGAUAAACGAAAGACAGCAAAUUCACACCUUGCCUUCGAAAUGGCCAGGCGUGACUAGUCUGAGGGCGCUGUUAGCGCGCGAAAAGGACGAGGAUACCCCGAGAUUAACGGUCGUCUUAUGCGAAGCCUUUACAGCAACUUACCUUUCUCUUUUACUCUACGGUUUGUGUACUUUGGACUGUGUCAUUCUGUUCCACGUGACUGGGCAUACCUUCACACAGGAAACUUGGGGACAGUUAUUUGGCGGAGGCACCAAAAAACUCCUACGUACUGCAAGUGUCACAAAUUCGUCAAACAAUCAAAGCAUUGUGAACACUCCAACGGACGAAGGAAGUGGACCCGCCGUGUGGCUAAAUAAGCAACGGGUGAAACUGAACUGCAAGUUGCUGGGGCAGCAACCCGCAACAAUGAAAGAAGAUAAGGCCACCUAUCGCGAGCAAUUUGUACCUCCUGAAAUGAGUAUCUUAGCCUACUUACUUACAAAGCCUGAUGCGGGCCCCAACUGCGAUGAUGUUUCGAGUGAUUCCGAAAGUGAGGAAGAGGACGUAUUUGAUGCUCCACCGGCUACAGUCACUAAUAAUACCGAACAUUCGGACCCCAAUUCGUAUUCUUGGGUCGUAUUGAAAUUUGCUAUAUUGCGUAUCGUUGAGACACGGAUUAAAGAAUUCCUCGCUGUGGCAGGUUUAGAAGUGUCCGAAUUGCCUGUGGCCAGCCCACUAAUUCACAGCAGUUUGCGACGUCUAAUGAAAUGGCAGGAUAGUUUGAAGAAAGAACUCGAUAAACGGCAGUCCCCUGUGGAGUACAUACCUGGUUGUUUUGUUGAGAGUACAAGUGGGCCACCGUUACAGAAGUAUAGGCAACUGCUUGAGCCUCACAACACUCCGUUCAUAAACAAAAGUGUCGCGAGCGCUGUCCGUCGGUUGUGGACAUUCUUGGUCCACCAAGAUUCUGUCCAAGACAUUUUCAUUAGGGCUGUAUUUGGGAAGCGCAAGUCCGUUUGCGCAAUUGACGAACUAGUUUCCCAGCAUCCCGAGCCGCCGGCCGUUGAACCUGUGCGAAUUAUACAUAAAGAGCAAGAUUCAAUAGCCGCAUUCAGCCUUAACCAGGUUAACAAUGGGUUAAUUGUGAUUGCAACUCCUCGCGAAUUACAAGAAAUGGACAUCUCGUUGCUGUUAGAACUACCUGCUUGGUUAGAAGACGAGUGUGAAUUGGACAUAUUGAAUUUGAAACAGGACUCGACGGAGGUAACGGUUCCGCCCUUCUUAGUCAUUCACAGCGCGGGCGAUAAGACGAAAGAUCAACAGCCCGGAAGUCCACCAUCUGGAAUUGCCAGUCAAAGCGGGCGUGGCACCACAGUGAUGAAGGGGUUAAGUUUUCCUGGAUGUCAUGAUCCGAACUUUGUCCGCCUUGUGCUGCUGAGAUCGGCACACAUGCUUCGGCCGGUUCUGAAACAUCGAGUCGAUGGUAUACGACGAAUAUGCUCGCAUCCAUUGUUGCCAUUGUAUUUAACUGGUGGCCAAGAUGGCUCCGUGCAGUUGUGGGAAUGGAACCAUUCCCAACCGGUUGCUACACCGAGACCUCCGGGAACAUAUGCCAAAGUGACGAGAGUGCGGUUUUCGCAGCACGGCAACAAGUUUGGAGUUGGAGAUUCCGAUGGCAACCUGAGUUUGUGGCAAGUUGGACUUUCUGCUAACGCAACGCGUCCAUUUUUUACACACCAGUGCCAUAAUAAAGGAAUAAGCGACUUUGUAUUUCUGGGCUCGUGUAGUUUGUUGGCCACAGCCGGUCACAGUUCUGAAAGUAAAAAUGUAUGUAUAUGGGAUUCUAUACUACCACAUGGCAAAUCUAUGGUAGUUGCAUUCACCUGCCACGAGCAAGGCGCCAGUAGUCUCGUUUACGCCCCCCAACACCAACUCCUAGUUUCUACAGGGAAGAAGGGCGAUAGUUGUCUAAUCGAUGUUCGGUCGAAAACAAUACGUCAUCGGUUUCAGGCACACGAAAGUGCGGUUAAGUGUGUCGCAAUUGAUCCACAUGAGGAGUAUUUUGCGACUGGAUCUGCGGACGGAGACAUUAAGAUUUGGGGCGUAACUGUUCCAACAGUAUUAUUGACGUUACCCGCAGAGCACGCUCGUAGCAGUUUUUUCAAAAAUAUUGGCCAAGGCGUUACUCAACUGCACAUAGACUCUUGUGCACGUUUAUUCUCAUGCGGAGCUGACGGGAGCAUGAAGGUACGAUUAUUACCAGACAGGGAAAGUUUACUUAGUCAUUAAGGUCAAAGUCGAAAGGGAGGAUAUAAUUUUGUUUUGUAUAGUGUUACAAUUUUACCAAAUAUAGUUGUUAUUUAGCGAAAUGCAAACAAUUGUGUAAGCUUUGUAGAUGCUGGCGCUAGUGUAUUAAAGUGUAGUCACAGUAUUAACUUUAUGCCUAUACAAGAUCAUGUUUGAUUAAUUACAAUCUGGUAGAUCUUAUGUUAAGUAGUUCGCUUCAUUUUAAAGUAAUAUGUAUUAUUGUUAAUAUUUAAACUUUGCCUAAAUAAAUUAAUUCAUUUACUA